AAAAAGGCGGAAGUACUAUCUUUAUCACAAUUGCUUCGGUUCUUCCCUUAAAAAAAAUUGAAAUAAGGGAAUUCAUUAGCUUCGUACUCUCUCUCAUAGUCUCAUUCAACUUCUUUAGUUGAAUUUGCUCUAUAACUUUCUGGGCAUCUCUUAUAACGUAAGUGGGUCCACCUUCACCUGUAUUACCGCCAAACUGAGAAACUUGUGAGUCAAUUUUAAUGCUGAUUUAUUGACGAAUUUAACAUUCAGAUUCAGCAGCCCAGUUUAAUUAGAAUGACCAAUAUGAAUACAGACAUUACAUAUGGUGAGAGAUUGGGGAGACUUCCUGAAUGGCUUGUAGAUUGUCUUGAUUGCUGAUUUGGGUAUUGAUUUUUGAGAAAUGGAUCGUCAUUGGAUGUAUGGUAAACGCAACACGCUUGCAUACUUCAAUGGUCUUCAGGAGUUCUGUAAAAUUGCUAAGAAACACCAACGGAGUACUAAGAAUGACAGAAUUUUUUGCCCUUGUCGUGAUUGCAACAACUUGAAGAGGUUUAGUGAUAUAGACAUCAUAAAAGACCAUUUGAUUCGUCGUGGAUUCAGGCAAGAAUAUCACGUAUGGUUAUGGCAUGGUGAGAAAUCAAUUUCUGGGUCAAGUUAUAGUGUAAGUAACAGUCAGCGGCUGGAGGGUGAGAGCGAUGCUGGUACUUCUGAAAAUAAUGUUAGGGAUGAAGAUAGUGAUACUGAGGAAGAUAGGAUGGUUGAGAUAAUGGAUAAGGUAGGAGAUCAUUUAAGUAGACCGGGCAACAAACGGUGCAGGGGUCCUUCGAGAGGAGCUCAAUUGAAGGAACCCAUGUUUCUUGAGUAUGACGAUCUUGGUCAGCCAAUGGGUGAUUGGGAGCAUGAUUAUGGGAAGCAUCUUGGUAGGUGUGCUCUUAAAAUUAACAUCAAUUUUAAGUCAUACCGAUUGGUGCCUGAAGGUGACAAACAAAUAUUUUGGCAUGAGACGAAGGCUUUGUUCCACAUUGAAGAUGGCCCCAAAAGGGAAAAAGAGAAGUUGUUUCACUCUGGUGUGGCUUGGCGAUUCAGAGAUUUUAAGUCAAAGUUAGUAACUCGUUGGAUCACUAAGACGCGGAAGCCUCCUAAAUAUGGUGCACACUUAAUGCCUUGGGAUGUUUACAAGGGUUUUAUCACAAAGGAGGACUGGAAAAAAUUUGAAGCAGAUCGUAUGACUGAUGAGGCGAAGGCUGUUAGUGAAAGGGCAAGAAAGAAUUCGAAACAAAACAAGCAUCAUCAUCACUUGGGGCAGAAGAGUUACAAGAGGAGCAAAGAACAGUGGAUCAAGGAUGGAAGAUACCCCACUGACACUAAGGGAUCAUUAUCUGAUAGAAUAGCUAAACGAGGGUUGGACUGGAUUUUGGCAAGAGAAGUGCCCGGUGAAGGAGGGACCUGGGUUAUCACGAAUGAUGAUACACGGAAAGUUGCCGAAAAAUAUGAGGAUUACACGCAGCAGCAAAUUCAAGGGACUUUUGUUCCAGAGAGAAAUGUGGAUGCUUUGUGCAUGGCCCUUGGCAAAGAAGAUCAUAAUGGCCGUGUCUAUGGAGUUGGGGGACUUAAUAUUGGUCUUCGGAAGGCCUUUGGCAAGCCAGAAGGUAAAGGCUGUGGGUUGAACCGAAGUAGGCAGUCAAUGGAGGUGAUAAAGGAGUCGAUCAAAGCUUCCUUGAAAGAGGAGUUUGAACAGAGGUUGGAAGAUCAGGUGACAAUUGCAGUCAAGCGGCAAUGGGCUUCCAUGAUGCAGCAGAUGGGCGGUCUAACAUUUCCUGAAGGCACCAGCUUGCCCCAAACUACCAAUUCUGAUCCAUCGCCAGAAUUGUUGAAGGCUUCGAAGGCAUGCCAUCUUGCUGUGUGGGAUGCUUACUCGGGGGACAAAGUAGUUGUGGCAGGUGGCAUAGCAUAUCCCAAUGGGGAUGGAUCAAUCAUGCCUGACCACAUGAAGGUGAAAUUGAAUGACCCUUACACCGAAUUUUGCGACAUUGAGCUUCCAUUACCUACAGAGGAGGGUGCCACUACGGUGGGUGAAGCUCAUGGUAGUUUUGUGCAAUGGCCUGAGGCAUUGGUGCUGUUCGAACAUGAGGAAGCCACGUCAGAAAAGAAGAAGAAGUGUAAGGGGAAAUGCAAAGAGAAAGUUGACAGCAGUGGUCUAGAGUCAGGGGAGUCGGAGCCAGCGGCCAAUCAUAAGGGGCCACUACAACAAGGGGACAACAUCCUUGACUCUGUUGGUGAAAAAAGCAAAUGCAAAGAGAAAAUUGACAGCAGUGGUCUAGAAUCAGGGGAGUCAGAGUCAGCAGCCAAUCUUAAGGGGCCACUACAACAAAUUGGAGAUGACAUCCUUGACUCUGUUGGUGAAAAAAGCAAGUUUUUGCAUUAUAUCUUGGCGAGUCAACCUGAGCGAUAUGAUGUCAUGACCGUUCAGUUGGACACUGAAGUGUUGCACUUGGAAAAGGAUGUUGAAAUAUUUGUCACAGCAGAGGACAUCGCCUUAUUACUCAGAGGGGAAAGGCUGAACAUUUCUAUGAUUCAAGUCUUCAUAAUGUUUCUAGUUGACAAGUACAAUUCUUCACUUGACGUGUCACAUAUUGGGUUCCUUUGUCCCCAAACAAUCGCUGCAUCUACCAUCCGUGACGACCAUCAAGCCACCACAGCCUACUUGAAAGAGUUUUUCUUAUUCAGUAGGGAUAGGGGUGAUGCUGGGUGCAAACUCAUAUUGGCCCCAUAUUAUGAAGAAGAGCAUUGGAUUCUCCUCGUGAUUAAUGUUGCAUGCGGCAAAGUCUUCAAGUUUGAUUCCUCAAGGCCUAAAAAGGAACGAUCUUUGGCCAUUAAAGACUCUUUGGAUCGUGCUUACAGCGUUUAUAAGGUUCAAGGUCGGAAGGGGCGCGGCUCAAAAUUGAAAUGGUUUUCUAUUGAGUGCGCUAAACAAACAGUGGAUACUGAGUGUGGCUACUAUGUGAUGAAGUUCAUGCAUGAGAUAAUCACGUCGUAUAAAGAUUGCCAAAAUUUGGAAAAGGAGUACCAAAGAAGAGAUGAGCCCUACAAUGAUGAAGAAAUCGAUGAGGUUCGAGAGCAAUGGGCAGCCUUUUUUACCAAGUAUUUGUAUAGACCUAUGUAGUUGCUAUUCUUGGUACUUUAUCUAAACAUCUAACACUUUGUAACUUAAAGAAUCAAUGUUGACGUACUUGGUUGGAAGCACUUCCUUCCAUCUUGUGAUAGGGGUUUGAUUUUUUCCUUUUGCAAAGUGAGAUCCCCCUAAAUUUCCCCCACAUGCGAGGGGUCUUUAUCUUACCUCAAUUUUUUUUUGUUAAACCUCUUAAAUCUCAAUUUCAGAUGUUUACAAGUUUUUCCUGAA